UUUUGGAUGUGAAUUCGAGUGGGACUUGACGCGGAUAACCUUGAACCCUAAUCAUCGAUUCCCCCGUUGCGACCAGUAGAAGCCGAAUUGAUGGAUCAGUUUCCGUAUCCUUGUUGGCUCAAGCCUUGUUUGCCCAUUCCAGUUGUUUUGCCUUCAAGUGUUCGGUCGAAGUUUCCGGCUCGCUGGGCACCCAUCAAGUUGCCCGUUAGCAGCCCAACUAGGUCUCGUCAGCAUCUUGCGUGCGCUCGGCCGAAAGUGCGCAUCGCCGCACCUCCAUGCUGCAGAUCCAAGGACUGAACUACGAAGAGCUGAUAGCAGAGCAUCAGCGAGCGCUGGAAAGCCACCUGUGCGACGUCCCAGUGGAUACAAGUGGCUGCGACUGCGGUCCACAGACGCCCACGCUCGACGACGGCGGCACCGUCCCCGCGGAGCUGGCCGGGCUGGGGGUGCAGCCGGGUGAUUGGCAGGCGUUCAAGAACGAGGCCGAGAGCAUCAUGCAGGAGAACGAGAAGCAGGCGUCUAGUUAUCGUCGCCUUAUCUUGAUCGUCCCCUUGCUUCUGGUCAUCGCCGUCGUUGUUCUUAUGUUUGUAAACGGCAAGCUGCCUCCAAAGGCCCUCAACACAGAUUCGUUUUAAACCAUCGCAACGCUGUUUUUUUCGUUUCUCUGGCAUCCCAUUUCCUGAUCUUUUGUUAUGUGAUCUUCAAGAAGCGCAAGCUGGACAUAGCAAGCCAAGGGGAGCUCGCAGAAUCGUGCAAAAGGCGCCUCGGAAGGUCCGGCAUCUCAGUCAUGUGGAAUCGCGGCGGGAAGAGGGGGAUUGCGCAUUUCAGAUUCUACAGAGCGGACGGCGCAGACAGCGCCAGUAUUGUUGCGUGACGCGCGCGUGCUGGGAGUGCGUGCGAUGCGGCCAGGAUGUAUUGAUAUCGAGUGUUGCCCUCUUGAGGGCGUUGUGUCUUUUCUGCUUGUUUUCGACACCCAUCUCUGCCGGUUAUUGCUGGUGCCCUUCGACCCUCAAUUUUGCUUACUGUUGCUGAUAUCUGCCGAUUCUAAUUGGAAUUGAGCAGUUCGGCCAGGGCCAAGGUUUCGCAUGUGAGCAUGUGUGAAGAGGAGCAAUUCGCGGACUCGCGGGAAAACUUGAAUCCCGAGGGAGGGCCUAACGAUCUCGUCAGCACCGACAAGUACGUAGCACCCCGCAGAUGCGGAUAAGAGUGAGGGGGCGGUGGGGACGUCGGCAGUUUGCGAGGCUCUGGAGAAGUUCGCCGCAGGCGCC